GUUAAUCAGGUGUCAUAACACAAUAUAGAUUUCAAUGCAAUGUCAAAGUAUGGUUAUAGUAGAUUUGAAAACGUAUGAAAAUAUUCCACAAAUUAUAAAACUCUUUUUGAAGUAGAAAUGGAUGCGAGAGCUGAAAAAUUAGCUAAUGCUCGCAGAAAGUUAAGAGAUCACCAAGAAAAGAAAACUCAAAAAGAUUGUGUAGAUAUUUGUGCUGAAAAAAAUGAUCAUCUUAAUAACAUUGGUGGAAAUGAAAAUACAAACAUGGACGAGGUGAUAAGUAUUUCCCAUGAUGAAGACAGUGCUGAUUCACGUAAUGAGGGUCUAAACUCAUAUCAAACUAAAACUCCCAAUGUGACUGAAGAUAAGAUACAAGAUGUAAAAAUGGCAGAAUAUUUAAUAUAUAAUCAAAAGUGUCUUGAAAAUGAAGUACAAAGUUUACAAAACAAACUAUCAGAGUUGAAUUCAUUGUAUACAAAUGAGCAGAUUAAUCACAAUAAAUUCAAAGAAAAGAGUAACAUUUUAGAAUCAGAAGUAAGUAUAUUAUCUGAUAAGUAUGCUAAAAUAAGCCAAGAUUUAAAAAAUAAAGAUGACUUGAUUUCUGAAUUAAAAAGCAAAACACAAAUAUUAUUGGAUGAAAAUAAUAAUUUAAAUGAACAGUUAGAUUUUACCAAAACAAUGUUAAAAACAAAGGAAUCAGAUAAUGCUCAACUACACAAUCAGGUUUGUUUAUACUAUAGCCAGCUAGAAGCAGCUAGGUUGCAAGUCCAACAACUCACAAUUGAUUCUACUACAGAAAAUGUUCACAAGAAUUCCAACAGUGCAGAAAUUGAACAAUUACAAACAAAAAUUAGUGGGUUGGAGCAAAAAAUAGCUAUAAUGGAACAAGAAAGGGAACAUAUAACAUCAUAUUAUGAACAUUAUAUGAAAGACCUUACAACACAAUUAAAUUCUACAACUUUAAGAAAUGAAGAUCUUUCAAAGGAAGUAAGCAGACUUUCUGAUCGAGAAAGCGGUCUAGUAGAUCAAAUCAGUGAUAUGGAAAUUCGUCUACAAAAUUUUAAUAAAAAAGAUUUUGAAGUUGAAACUCAAGUGGAUACCAGUGAAUUGCAAAAGCAGUUAAUUAGUUUGCAGAUUACCUUGGAACAGAGUGAAAAACAAAAAGGAGAACUUCAAAAGCAACUUGAAGAUGCUGUAGCUAAAAUAAAUGAACUGGAACAGUUACAAAAACCUGAAUGUGAACAUGAUGCUUUAAGUGUUACCAAACUCUCUGCAGAUAUUACAAGUGACAAAAUAGCUGCACAGAGAGCAACUGAACAAAAUGUUAAACUAAAAUCGGAUAUUGAAGGUCUUGAACUGGUUAUAGUUAAAAUGACGAAAGACAAAUUAGAAUUAACAGAAAUGUUAACUCACGAAAAAAAGUUAAACAAAGAACUGAUGAUUAAACUUGCUGAUAUUGAAGAACUGGGAAAAACUGUUAAUAAUAAACUAAGGGCAAAAGAUGAAGAGAUGAUGCGACUACAAAAUGAAUCUCGUGAAAUUGCAAAAAAAUAUAAUGAAAUAUUAGAACAUGGAUCUAACCAUUCAUCGUGUAAAAUUAAUAAUGAAUCUGAGCACAAUGAACAUAUUUCUCACGACGUAAUUGAAGAGCAUACAAUUGAUCCUGAAUCUAAUAAUAACAUAUUAGAAACUGAGACAAAUGCAAAUGAGAAAAAAAUCGCGUCAUUUGAAAAUGAUUUCAAAACCAAUUGUAUAAUACCUAAAGAAGAUGCUAUGUUAAAACUGCAGCAACGUUUUAUGAACAUUAUGGAUGAAGUUGCCAACUUGUCAGAUGAAAAACAUAGACUCGAACAUAUUAUACUACAACUUCAGAAUGAAACUGAUACAAUAUGUGAAUACGUAGCUUUAUAUCAACAGCAAAGAAGUUUAUUAAAAAAAAGAGAUGAAGAAAGGACACAUCAGCUUAAAAUGUUUGAAAAAGAAUGUAAUGAACUCAAGCAUCUUUUGGGAGAAUUACGAGAUUUGCUGUUCAGGUUAGCAGAAGACAAAGAAAUAUCCAAGUAUCUUAAAACAGAUGCAAGGAAUGACGAUAUGGCCAGAUUAUGGGAAUUACUUAAGAAAUUGCAAAAUAGUUCUUUGUUAAACAAAAAUUUUAAAACUAUGGAUAUAAAUAGUUUCUAUCCUUGUAGUUGCUGUUCCGGUAAACUAAUCGACGUGUAACUUGUAAUAAUGAUAUUAUUUUAUUGUAGUCACAUUAUAUAACUUUACGAUUAUUCCUAAUUACGAUUUUCUAUUCACAAUACUAGGUAUGUGUAUAAUAUAAUAUGUAUAAAAUAUAUUAUGAAUAAAAUAACAA